AUGGGGAUUGGCCAUGGUGCUGAUGGGCAGAUGGAUAUUGAAAUGAUUUUAAUACGCCUGUGUCUGAAAGAGCAGGACAAUAUCAAGAAGAUAGUGAUAUAUGCAAAGAAUAAAGGUGAAACUGGAUUCCCGAGACUAAAUUAUUCAGUGUGGAGACAUAUAGCCUGUAAUAAACUCCAUCUUUCUGAAGAAUUGGCUUGGCUGUAUUUCAUAACAUGUCAUUUGCUGAGUGAAAACACAUCUCCAGCAGAGAGGUUAGAAUGGGAUCAUGCAUAUGCAGCAGCAUCAACAACUGGCAAGGAUGUGAUGAAGAAUAAGGUAACUGUGGCAACAUUGAAGUUUGUUUUGUUUCUCUACAUUCAGCAGUUGAACAAAGUGUCGUUGAAGGCUUCAUUAGUUGCUGGCGAUGAAUAUCCUUCCAAAUGGAUGUUUUUAAACAUUUUGCUGGUCUGGAGAUCUUAUACCUUAACAGUAUGUAGGUGGCCUACAAGAUCAUCUUCACCAGAUCUUGACUCAAGUGGUCGGUCAACACCAAGAAGCAAUAACAAGGUACUAGAUGACCACAGUCAUAUGGUAUUUUUGCAGAACAAUAUACAUGAAAUCCUGGAGUUGCUGAUAGAACAUGACAGCUAUGGUUCUACUCAGGGUGAUCUAAGUUUGACAAUAUCAGCCGUGGAAGCCCUAGGAUUUAUAAUUGCUGGAUCUGUUGAUAGAUGCAAGACCCUUCUCCCACUACAUGAUGUUGCUAUGCUUCAAACAUUACAGCAUAGGAGUGGUUAUUCAAAGCUGAUGAAGAGUUUCUCAUUGAGGUUGCUUCAGAAUUGGAUCAGAGAUUCCCUAGUACAAAAUCCAUUCGGUAUAUCUGCAUGUAUAGCAAAUGGGCGGAGACUUUCCUGGCCAAUGGGAGGAGAAGAGAACAAAGAAGCGAAGGAGGCCCAGGCAAAGAGGGGAAGAAUUGCCACAAAUGCUCAUGCUGUACCAAAGGAACAUAUGAAAGGAAACAAGAUAAUAAUAAUGAGCCAGGUUGGAAAACAAACAAUUGCAAGGAGUUCAAGUACAUUGGAAAACAGCAGUGUUAAGAUUCAUAGAUGUCAUUCUGCAUAUUUGUAUCUUCUAUCACCUCUACGGUCAGUGACAAUAGAGAAAUGCCGAAACUCUACCAUUAUUCUUGGGCCAGUGGAAACACAUGUAUAUAUGAGUCACUGUGAAUCUGUCACCCUGGUUUCAUGUGCUAGGGUAGUAUCUAUCAGCUCUUGUACUCUCUGCACAUUACAUCUGUUGACGCCAAAUCCCCCAGUGAUACUCAGCGGCAAUGACUCUAUACAGCUGGCACCUUAUCAUACAUUCUACCCAAAACUAGAGGAACAUAUGUCAGAAAUUGGUGUUGGAGCUGAUAGAAAUCUGUGGGACCAGCCAUUAUGUAUUGGCCCUGAUCAUAAAGAAGAGACUCCAGUUUGGGAGCUGCUCCUUGUAAAUGAAUUCUUUACAUUUAAUGUGCCAUUUGAGAUGGAGGGCACAACAAAGGCUAUACCUGGUGGACUGCCAAGUAAAUACCAGCGUGCUGUCAGUCAUCGUCAUCGACAAAUUGAUGCAUGGCAGAAAAUGGUAAAGGAGGCGGGGCUUGCACGUGAACAACGCAAAGAGUUUCAGGGACUUGUUGAAAGUAGAUUUCAUGUUUGGUUGUCCGAAUCAGGUCAUAAACGAGAACUUGAUAGUUUAGUAGUGCCUUCAACAGGAAAGAAAUCUUAAUGAAAAAAGAAACUAUAUAUUUUAGAAUUUUUCGAAAUGAAAGAUGUAUUUAUUGAGUAAUUAAAAAGAUAUUGGCAUGA